CCGGAAGUGGCGUUUCUACAGGCUAUGACCCCUGACCUGCUGUGUAGCUCCUCUUUUUACCUAAGGAAAGGGGGGUGAACCCCGAAAACCGGGCCCGAUCUCUCUGUGGGUCUCCCGCACGCAAAGACCCCGAGGUUUUUGUUGACUCCUCCAGGAGAGAUUGGAAACAUGAGACGUCUCAAUCGCAAGAAGACGCUGAGCCUGGUGAAGGAGCUGGAUGCUUUCCCCAAGGUGCCAGAGAGCUACGUUGAGACAUCAGCAAGCAGGGGGACCGUGUCCCUGCUUGCCUUUUCCAUCAUGGGGCUGCUCACGGUUAUGGAAUUCCUGGUCUAUCGUGACACGUGGAUGAGAUACGAGUAUGAGGUUGACAAAGACUUCUCAAGUAAAUUACGACUAAACAUAGAUAUAACGGUGGCGAUGCGAUGCCAGUAUGUUGGCGCUGAUGUGUUGGAUCUAGCGGAGACAAUGGUCACGUCAUCCGAGGGGCUGGUGUAUGAGCCGGUGGUAUUCGAUCUCUCCCCUCAGCAGAGGCAGUGGCAGAGGAUGCUGCAGAAGAUCCAGAACCGGCUACAAGAGGAGAUAUCACUUCAGGAUCUCCUGUUUAAAAGUGCGAUGAAGAGUUCGGUCACCGCCCUGCCACCCAGGGAAGACUCCCCCGCCGAGCCGCCCAGUGCUUGCAGGAUACACGGACAUCUUGACAUCAACAAAGUGGCUGGGAAUUUUCACAUCACUGUGGGCAAAGCCAUUCCGCACCCUCGGGGCCACGCACAUUUAGCAGCUCUUGUGAGCCACGACAGUUAUAAUUUCUCCCAUCGGAUUGAUCAUUUGUCUUUUGGGGAGCUCUUGCCCGGGAUUAUUAACCCCUUGGAUGGGACUGAAAAAAUUGCUGUGGACAGUAACCACAUGUAUCAGUAUUUCAUCACUAUUGUCCCUACAAAGCUAAACACACGGAAGGUUCACUGCGACACGCAUCAGUUUUCGGUGUCAGAACGGGAACGUGUCAUAAAUCACGCCACCGGCAGCCACGGCGUGUCCGGGAUCUUCAUGAAAUACGACAUAAGCUCCCUGAUGGUGACGGUCACAGAGGAUCACAUGCCUUUUUGGAAGUUUCUGGUCAGACUCUGCGGUAUAAUCGGGGGAAUCUUCACUACCACAGGAAUGAUUCACGGAUUGGCGGAAUUUUUCGUGGACAUUUUCUGUUGCCGUUUCAGGCUCGGAGUUUACAGACGUCAUGAAGAUGGGCCCACGGCUAGAAUUUCAUCCAACAACUUUGUGUCGGAGCCCCCCCAGCCCGAUCCACUCUGAAUGACUUUUAUUAUAAUAAACGUUCCCAAAUAUUUUACAA